AUGGCCACCAAACGUAAGAAAAAACAUGGUGUGACAGCUUUAAGAACAGUGAAUGAGAGCAGACAGGGAGCUGGUCAGAGUCCAGCUGUCCUUGUCCUUGCCCUUCUCUGUGUAGUUGUGGAUCUGGUGUAUUGGCGGCCGAUGAGGAGGACCGGCGUGGUGUUCACGGGGCUGGUGGUCAGUCUGGCCAGUCUGUUCCAGCUCAGCGCCCUCACCGUCGUCUCCCACGUCCUGCUGGGCGUCAUGUCCGUCACCUUCGGCCUCCGCCUCUACUAUAAACUGCUGGAGCUGCUGCGCUGGAACCCCGGGGUCCACCCCUUCCAGUCGUAUCUGGACCCAGACAGCUCUCUGACAGAUAAGGAGACGGUGAUGCUGGUGGAGCAGGUGGUGCUGCUGAUCGCAUUCGCCCUCACAGAGAUCAAACGACUCAUUUUCAUCGAAAGCGUUGUUGACUCCAUUAAGUUUGCUCUGCUGCUGUAUCUGCUGGCCUAUGUUGGUGUAGAAACCAGCGGACUGACUCUGGUGAUAACGGCUGUGAUUAUUGUUUUCUCCCUUCCUCUGUUGUACAAAAAGCAGCAGCUGCGGUUAAGACGGAUGGUCAGAGCGGUCAAAGCAUUUGUAAAGAAAAUCAAAACCAUGUGUCUGGGCCUGUAUGAGUCAGUGAGACCCCCUCCUGCCCCUGCACCCGCCCCAAAAGCUGCCCCCGCUGCUGCACCCGCCCCCAAACAGAAAGCCAAGUCAAAGUAACGUGUUGGUGUCGUGUUGAGAGCAUCCGAGGGAUCUGGGAUUUGGAAAAUGUUGGACGGUACAUCCUCUGUGGGGCUGCUGAGGGGCAGCUUGUUCCUCUUUUCUCCACCGUUAUGUUUGUUUAUGGGAGCAAGAUUUAAUUGAUCCUGACAGCUGAAACAAAGCUGCCAUUCACUCUCAGAGAAAGAGUGGAAGCGAAUGAGGAGAAGAAUUUUAUUUACUGAGAUGCUUUCUGUGGGCAGCGUUUAAUAUACACAGUUCACACAGUCAUCCACUCCGAGCAGGGACAGAAUAUCACUGUUUUUUUCGAUGAUAACAGGUCUAUUUUUACCUAACCAGGGAGCACCGUGUUCCUUGUGAGCAGCAGAAUUAUUCAUAAAGAAGCAGUGAAGCAUUAUUGCUGCUCUUAUUAUGCAUCAUCAUAAAUUGGAUAAAAUAAAUCUGACAUGAGCAUCAUGAAUGGUUUUGCACUUGCUACCUUGAAUAAUUAGCAAAAGCUUUUUUAAGCAGCAACAACUUGCAACUUUUAUGAGACUUAACAUGAGAAAUAAUGAGAGCGUCUCCUCUGCUCUUCAUGCUAAUUGCAUUUAAUCAGGUUCAACAGCGACUUCCUGCUGCUCUCGGGGCAGUUACGUGAUUAAACAAAUCUUAACAAAAGGAAAGGUAACUUUUACUGUCCUGCAGUACUCUCAGUACUCUUUUUGGACUGAUUAAUGACACAGAAAGAUGUUGCUUGGUGGCACAAAACAGCAGCAUUUUUAUACUUUGAAGAUAGGACAACUUUAUUUCUGCUCUCAUAUUUUUACUGUUAAAAUUGUUACUGUUGCUGCAAUGGAAGCAAGCUGUGAAAACAACAUUUAAAUAUUAGAGUUUAUUCACAGACAACAAAAUAUGUGAGUGAGCCCAAAGUAGAAGCACAUGCAAUUGUUUAAAGCUGCAUUAACCCUUUGGAGUCAAUAUUGACUUAGGUGGAUUUUGCAGAUUUUCUGUGCAUUUAUUUUUGCAGCUUUUAAGCUUUUAAACUGUCCUCAUGUCACAUGCAAGAUAUUAUUUAUUCAGCACAAACUCAGAUUAUUCAUUUUGUCAAAGUGUACAGCUGCCAGGGACCCACAGGGCCGAUAAAAUUGUGAUUGUCUUUCAAAAUACUAUUUAAGAACAGUUCUAAGUUGUAAAACAUAUUGGAUAAUGCAUAAUGUAAAAAAUAAAACAAUACAUUUGUCUAUUUACAUACAGUUUUUGUGCAUUUGAAAGACUCUAAAAAUCUCUAAAAAUGUGAAUAAUUCACACAAAACAGCACUUUAAAUUGGUUUGCUCAGCUUGUUAAUAUAUAAAUAAAGUUAUGUUAAUGUAGGUAAAACAUAACUCCCUGAUCAAUAGAUGGACUCCAGAGGAUUAAUUAACCUCUUUUUUGCAGAAUGCAGAACAAGCUGUAAACAAAACACUCAUAAGAGUCAUGCAAGCAUAUGUUGCAAAACAUGAUCAUUUUUGGUGAAAUAGUCAUAGUUUUAAUCCUUGGAUAUUUUUCCGUAAAAUCAAUCAUGACACUGUGUCGCAGAAGAGCGCAGAAUUUAAUGUUUUUAUCAGGAUCUAGUUAUUCCAAACGGUUUAUUUUUGGUGACGUUUUAAAUGAGGGACGAAGAAUGACAAAAUAAUGAUUUUGACAGAAAUAUCACAAUUUUAAGCUUCGUGCAGGGUACUUUUGCUAAUGGAAACUUUUGCGUUCACUUAAAGGAAACAUUAAUUUCAGAUGUUCAGGUUUAGAGGGUUAAACACGUUUUCACAGAACUACUUGGUUAGAUUGAGGCACCAUUAAGUUCAGGAAGAAAAAUGAUCGUUAUUUUGGUGAAAAAGUGACAUAAAAUACAGAAGUUGAUGCAUCGUAACUUAAAAUUACAAUGUUGACUUUUAGUUCCACAGGGAACACAAACAGCGGCCUCCUGAGAAAUAGUCCUGCGUUUUUUAAGCUUUGCUUUUUCGGUCUUUAUACUACGUCGUCUGAAGAGCCUGAACAAUUUUUUUCAAGUCCAGCAGACGCAGAACAAUGCAAGCAUUCACGUGGAGUGAUGUUACUGGCCAAUAUUUACUCUAUUUUUAGCUAUUUUUUGUUCUUCAUCAAUGCCUGAGGGAAAUUCGCUAGUCACUAACUUUUGCUGCUGAGCAAGUCGUGUUUGGACAGAUUUUGAAAUUGAAAAUAAUCACCCAAUACCAGACAAGUUGUUGGCAGGAAAACCAAAACUAUGAGCAGAAAGAUGCUAAAAAAAACAAACACCUGCACAACUGUGUGAACCAGCUGCAUAAUAACCUGCCUUCAGAGGACAUUUCAGUAGAAAAACUAGAAUGUACAGAUUUAACCCAUAAGAACCUAUGGUGACACCAGUGUAACAAACACUUUAAAUCUUCUAUAAUCUCCCAUAUUCAGCUUUAUGCUUCACAUUAACUCAUUAAAUCCCUAAGUGACGUAUACUCAACACCCUGGUGUGGUGGUCAUGUGACUUUAACAGGAAGUGACUUCUCCAAAAUGUAGCUGUGACUGGGAAUAGAAAUGUGAAAAAGUAGCUAAUUUCAAAAAGCUUAUUUUUUUGUUACUAGGCUAAGUUUAAACCCUUUUAACAAUUCUUAUCCGUUUAUAGAAUGUCCUGUAUUGCAUUUUCUGACCAUGUUUCCUGAACAAAUUAGAGUCACAAUUUUGACAAUUUAUGGAGAUGCAAACAAAAAGGCAAAUGGUUAUUUGUUUUUAUUUAUUACUAAUUUAUUACUUU